AUGAAACUUUAAUAUAAUCCUGGGACCUUUUAGCCAAAAAAAUCUCCAAGUCUCACAUUUUUUGAGAAAAAAAAACACGUUAGUGGAGUCUGCUUUUUGUUUUUUGUUUUUUGUUUUUUGUUUUUGAGGGGGUUAGUGGAGCUGCUGCUGCUGCUAAUGCGCGUACACAUGCGACGAGACGACCGCAAAUCGUCCAUUCGAGGUCCACAAAGUCUCCACUACUUCCUGUCUGCUUCAUUCCUUCUGUCUCUGGCUCUCUGUGGCGACUACGGUGGUCUCCUCCCAAUCUGCAACGGCGAAGAAUUGGAUCUGUUCUCCACUAGUUCAUCUUGGGUUGCUGUUGCAAAUUGGAUUUGAAGGAGCUGCUAUUCAAGAAUUUCGACCCAAGGACAAUGCUAUAGUGGUGUGUAUCAAGUGCAAAGAAAAAUAAAAAAAAUCGAGAUAUGGAGGCCGCCGCUGGGGCAUUGAGCCCUGUCCUCCGUAAGCUCGGUGAGCUGCUCGUAAGAGAAUACAACCUGGAGAAACGAGUAAAGAAAGGCGUACAAUCCCUCCUUACGGAGCUGGAGAUGAUGCAUGCUGUACUCCGUAAGGUUGGCGAGGUGCAGUCGGACCAGCUCGACGAGCCGGUCCGGAUUUAGGCUGGCAAGGUGAGAGACCUCUCUUGCGACAUGGAAGACGCUGUUGACGACUUCUUGGUGCGCGUGGAUGAGGGUUCAAGCAGCAAACCAACGAGCAUGAAGAAUCGAGUCAAGAAGUUUCUCAAAAAGACCACCAAACUGUUUGGUAAGGGCAAAGCACUUCAUCAAAUCUGUGAUGCCAUUGAAGAAGUUCAAGAUCUUGCCAAGGAGUUGGCUGAGCUGCGUAAAAGGUACGAGCUUGACAUGUUUAGCUCUACCAACGUUGCUACCAUUGACCCUCGUGUGUUAGCUCUGCAAAAAGAUGUAGGGGAGCUUGUUGGACUUGACCACACAAGGGAUGAGCUUAUCAAAACACUUAUUUCUGAGGAUGGGACUUCUAAGAAGCAAUUGAAGAAAAUCUCUAUUGUUGGUGUUGGUGGGCUGGGCAAGACAACCCUCACCAAAGCAGUUUUUGAGAAGAUCAAAGCCCAAUUUGAUUGUGCAGCUUUUGUCCCAGUGGGUCAAAAUCCAGAUAUCAGGAAAAAUUUCAAAGACCUACUCUAUGGCCUCGACAAACAGAAGUUCAAAGACAUUCAUAAUACAACAAGGGAUGAGAAACUACUCAUGGAGGAAAUCAGUGAAUUCCUUGUGGAUAAGAGGUACCUCAUUGUAAUUGAUGACAUAUGGGAAGAAGAAAUAUGGAGAUUUAUAAAUUGCGCUUUGUGGAAAAACAAACUCCAUAGUCGGGUAAUCACAACAACUCGCAAUGUGAGUGUGUCUGAAGCAUGUCUCUCUUCCAGUGAUGACAUGAUUCACAAAAUGAAACCUCUUUCUGAUGAAGACUCGCGGAUACUCUUCCAUAGAAGAAUAUUUCAAAGCGAGGAGAAAUGUUCGGAAGAUUUGCGGGUAGUAUCGACAAAUAUAUUGAAGAAAUGUGGUGGUGUACCAUUAGCCAUCAUUACAAUAGCUAGUCUCCUGGUUAGUGGCCAAAGGAUAAAGCAAAAAGAUGAAUGGAUGCAUGUGCACAAUUUGAUGGGCCGUGGAGUUACACAGGGUGGUAUUGUGAAGGACAUGAAGAGGAUAUUAUCACUCAGCUAUUAUGACUUGCCAUCACAUUUGAAGACAUGUUUGUUAUAUCUAAGCAUCUUUCCUGAAGACUUUGAGAUUGUGAAAGAUUGGUUGAUAUGGAGGUGGCUUGCCGAAGGUUUUAUCCAUUGUGACAAAAAAGAAACCAGCCUAUUUGAAAUCGGAGAGAGCUACUUCAACGAGCUUAUGAACAGGAGCUUGAUUCAGCCAGCAAAUAUCAACGAGGAAGGAACGGUAACAACUUGCCGUAUACAUGAUAUGGUGCUUGACCUUAUAUGCUCGUUGGCAAGCGAGGAGAAUUUUAUCUCUAUAUUGGAUAAUGCUGAGUGGCAUGCACCUAAUCUGCAAAGGAAACUUCGCAGGCUAUCACUUCAUAAUAUCAAGGCAAAGGUUCAGAACCAUCAGUUUGAUAGCACUAGCCUAUCAAAAGUGAGGACCUUUGCUGUUUUUUCUCCCGUUACCUGUGAUUGGUUGCCAUCUCUCUCAAGCUUCCAAUUUUUACGUGUGCUGGAUCUUGGAAAUUGUGACAGCCGUAAAAGUAGCUCUGGUAUCACCCUCAAAUAUGUAGGAAAUUUAAUUCACCUAAGGUACCUAGGGCUCAAGGAUGCAGAUGUUUGCGAACUCCCAAUGGACAUAGGCAAGUUGCAGCUUUUACAGACACUGGACAUAGAAGGAACUCGUAUAGAAGAAUUACCUUCAACUGUUGUACAGCUCAGAAAUUUGAUAUGUCUAUGUGUCAAUUAUACGGUGAGGCUGCCAAAAGGAAUGGGGAGCUUGAUGUCCCUUGAAGUGCUGCAACAAGUAGGCUUAUCCUCAUCUCCUCACAUUGUGGAAGAGCUGAGUCAUCUAACAGAGGUUAGGACACUCAGUGUUGACUGUGCUAACAUGGACGAGGAUCUGAUUGAUAUAUUAAUCAAGUCUCUAGGCAACCUGCACAAAUUGCAAAAUCUGUGUAUUGUUGAUGGUGGCAGAUUGAAUGACCGCAUGGGUGAGAGCUGGGUGCCCCCUCCAAACCUCCGUAGUUUUGAUUCAUGGUACCCCGCUUCUUCUUUGUGGUUCUCACGACUUCCAAAGUGGGUUAAUUCAAUGUCGCUUCCCCACCUCUCCACCCUGGUAAUAUAUGUGGAAGAACUCCAAGGGGAUGACAUUCAGAUCAUUGGGAUGUUGCCUGCUCUUCGGUUUCUGCGGCUGCGUGCAAGUCGCGUGAUGGGAACGUUGGUUGUGAGGGCCGAUGCAUUCCCAUCUGCGAAGUGCUGCAUGUUCAGAGGGUUUCCGACGGCGCCAUGCCUUUUUCCACCUGGAGCUAUGCAAAGGGUCCAGCGCCUUAAGUUCGUGGUCUCUGCAUCAUCGAUCGAAAGUGGUGACGUUGACUGCGCCCUGGGGCACCUCCCUUCUCUCGAGCACCUUCAGGUUUGUCUGCAGCGUGAGAAUUCCAGCGAUGAAGAGAUUGAGACAGCCAAGGCUUGGCUAAGGCGCGCAGCAGAAGCCCAUCCAAAACGUCCCACCAUUGAAAUCAAGCAUAACUAUUGGGAGCUGACCUUGUAGUGACAUACCUCUGCGGCCUUGCCACUGUUUCCCGGUUUCAGGCCUUCAAUGAAAUCCUGGAGUCAGGUACUGUUCCAACACUACGGUAUAUAGGCAACAAACAAUUCACUGCACCACUGCAGGUAGCAGGCUAGCAGCAACUCAUGUGAUUCGUGUACGGCUAUAGCUCCAAAUAACGAGGGCUCAUUCUCUCCACCUAUGUUCGGAUUCUGUCCUUUGCUAGAUAGAGGCUUCCGCGUGUACGUAGUUCAUGAUGUACUAGUUAUUUUUCCGCAUAUGCUUUCAGCAAUGCAGUACCGCAGGCUGUUCCUGCCUUGUUAUAUAGUUCCUUACUUAUUGUCACUGCUUAAUUUCCUUGGGUCGGCUAUAAUUGGGACUCCUUUUUCUUUAUCCAGUCAAGACUCGUAAAAUAAUAGGUUACAUUCCGAUGUCCCUCUUCAAUUUGUAAUGCUACCUCCUCUACAUUUUAAUUUCUUCAUUUGCUUGUUCACAUAGAACAGUGUUAUGUUUUUAUUGGCUUAUUAAUGAAGAGCACCUGGGUAGUUGGUUCAACUGC